CGUCAGUCAUUGGCGGUUAUUUACACCGUACUGUACAUUUUCCACAAAAGACAAAACUAAAAUGUUUGACAUUAAAAGAACUUAUUACGUUUAUUAAUUCUAUUCUCUGCACUUUAAUUACUCAAAUAAUGGAUGCGGAAGAACCCUUGGAAGAGGGCGAGAUUUUGGACACAUCCCUUCAUGAAUACACCCCUUUGGAAAGACCCCCAAAUUACUCAGAACUGUUCGCGGCCCGAUUUCCUCCCAUACAAGACGCCGAGAGCGAGGAGGAAUUCGAGUCGACCAGCGAAUCUGAUAGCGACGACGGCGGUAAAAAGUUGAAGCGUCCCAAACUUAAAUUGAAACCCCAAGCGGUUUCGUCGAAGAGCAAUUUCCGAAAGAAGUACGACAUUUGGAGUACUCGCGUUCAGGAGGAUCUACUAUUAGAAAACUUAGUCAAUUGUGACGUUAGUCAAGUAGACCGUUCGAGAAGUGUAGAAACCUAUUCUAAAAACUAUGUGCCAUUUCUAACUAGCAAUAAGCGGACUAAUAGCGAUAGAUACAAAGUAAAUUUACGUUUGCCAAAAAAGUCGAGGCACACGGAUGAGGAUAGUGAGACUGUGCAGGCUACGGCGAGAGUUAUUUUGGAUGUGCACGCUACUGUUGAGGAUUCUGAAGAUGAUAUAGCAAAGGAUAUUGCGAAUAAGUUAUUCGAAGAAAAAGAAGAUUUAAUUAAAACUAUCGUGGCAACUGCAGGGAAGGCAAAGGCAUUAGAAUUGUUUAAAGAAACUCAGAGAAUAGAAAAAGGAGGAGGAAUGAUGAUUAUGAAUCAAACGAGACGUAGAACCCCUGGCGGUGUUUUCUUGUUUUUAGUGAAGCACGACAACAAUAUUACUAGGGAACAAAUGAUGACAAUAUUCAACGAGGAGAGAAUGAAGUAUAAGCAAGAGGUCCGACUGAAGCGGAAAUUAAAGUUACAACAAAUUAAACAGAAAAUAGCUGCUUCCAAAAGAAACUGUGAACAAAACCUACCCGAAUUACUAACACGUGCCGAACUCUGUGCUAAAAAUCAAGAAAGAACUAAGAAGGAAACGCAAGAUGUCAUUGUUAAAAAUCCUCCACCGUCGCCGGUAACUGACGGACACGAUAAUAGCACAGACGGAAUGGAAAACGCUAAAGAUACAGAUGUUACGACUGAAAGUUGCGUACUUGGCAGAAGUAUUGUUAGUUACGAUGACGAUUGUAUCGAUGUGGGUGCAGAUAUGGACUUAUUUUAAAUCUCAUCUUAGGCACAGUUCUGUUACAUUAGUUAGUAUAACAAAUGAGUACUGCCUAAUACAAAAACCUUAACAUUUUUGUAUUGUAACACUUGAUGUAGGUACACGUACACAUUAUAUUACACCAUAAUUUAAAGUUGAA